GUUUAACCGCCCUAGCGACCAUCUCUGCUUUCGCACAACCCUCUCAUCAGUGACCUAGCCUCUCUCGUCUCUCGCAAAUUUCCAGGUAUCUCAGAACACUCUUCCUUCAUCUCCGUUGGCCACUGGAAGGUCCUGUCUUCUGUCCAAGCCUUUGAUAGAUCUCUUCUCCUAUCUUCUCCGGCGGUUCACGUGCUUCGACCGCCUGCAAGCAACGAUACUCUCACAGGAUUUCGCUUCUCCGGUCGUCGGACAUCCGUUCAUAAAGGAGCUUUCAGGUAUGCUGGAAAGUGAAGCAAACCCGAAUUUCAGCAAGUCAACUGGCUUGCCUCGGAAGCGUUUCUACCGAGCACGAGCACAUAGCAACCCUCUAAGUGAUUCCCACUUCCCAGUUCCACUCUCCCCAAGUCAUGUUGAUUAUUCCCUUCAUUUUCCUCAAAUAUUUCCUUCAUCUGAACUGGCUGAGAAAUCUAAGAAGGUUGAGUUUGCAGAUGUUGGUUGUGGUUUUGGAGGGCUUCUAAUUAGCCUUUCAACGCUUUUCCCUGAAACACUAAUGAUUGGAAUGGAGCUAAGGGAUAAAGUGACGGAAUAUGUCAAGGAACGAAUUUUAGCAUUAAGGGUAACACACCCUGGUCAGUACCAAAAUGUCUCAGUCGUUAGGACCAAUUCCAUGAAAUACAUUCCAAACUACUUUGAGAAGGGACAGCUUUCAAAGAUGUUUUUCCUGUUCCCAGAUCCUCAUUUCAAAGAGAAGAACCAUAGGCGUAGAGUGAUUAGUCAGCACUUGUUAGAUGAGUAUGCUUAUGUUCUUAGAGUUGGCGGGAUUAUAUACACAAUUACAGAUGUAGAAGAACUUGGAGAUUGGAUGAAGGCUCGUCUGGAAGGCCACCCCAUGUUUGAGGCCCUGACAGAGGAAGAGCUUGAAGCAGAUCCAAUCACAAAGCUCUUGAGUUCUGCAACCGAAGAAGGGCAAAAGGUUGCAAGGAAUGGAGGACAGACCUUUCGAGCCGUUUAUAGACGUAUUGUGCCGGCUUUAUAGUACUAAUUUAAGGACUUGGUACUUCAGCCUUACUGAAUGUAUGGAUGAGUAGCUGAGUAAAGUAAUGGAUUUUUAGAUGGCUUCUCAGAA